CCUUCGUCUUCAAAGUUCAUCUCGAGAAGAGAGCACACGGAAGGAAUGACGUAUUUCUUGCAGUACUGGAAGUUUAUUUUAAGAAAAUUGUCCACUUUCGAUUUUAAUAUGCAACUACGAGAAGUCGCGAAAUCUCGGGAAUCUCCCUCCAAUUCUCAAAUUCUGUCUACCUAACUGGUCUGCUCGACCAGAGUGCAAUGAACUUUGAACUCUCCCUCAGUUUCGCAUUAUUGCAACAAGUGGAACAACAAUACAUUGUUAGUGCGGAAGAUUUGGCAACGCCAAAGUUUCAUCUGAUAUUGCCUUGCAUGGCCGUGAUGUUUGGGUUUGGUAGGUUUGGUCUUGUUCAAACUCGAAGGCCGCUGUUUGUUCUUCUGUAGAUGCGAAUUACGUAGUGAGUUUUAGUUUAUAUGUAUUAAGAUUUUUUUCACAUUUUCACUGUUUUUGAUUUUUUUGGUGAGUGCGAAGAACAAAAAGAAAAGAAAAAUCCGAUCUAAGGUGUACCUACCUAUUAAUCUUGUGAUCUCGAAAUGGCUGAAAGUGAAAACUCGACCAAAGUUUACGAUCGCGUUUAUCCCAGUCCGCCAUCUUUAAAACAAAUCUCAUCCGUCGCAAUAGCAGCGAAUUUAUGGCGUAAAAUAAUCAAUGACAAUGCCAAUCGUUCUAGUAAUACUUCCAGCGGAUUGAAGAUGAUUCUCGGCAGUUCAGUGAAGAAUAUGCUCCCUGACCUACCUUCAACGAUCUAUCCCAACAUUGUAAGAAGUUUCUCUAAUAUUCAAUUUUCAUUGUUUACUGGCUGGUUUACAAAUGUGUCGGAUAAAUUUAAUGAAAUUGUUUGCGAUUUUGAUGGCUUCAUCGAUUACGAUAAGCUUGCUAAACGAGCGGUACUAUGUGAACGAAUCAGUGAUCUUGAGAAGUUCAAGAUCGCUUGUAGGUAUUGCUUGAUAGAUGAUGCUAUGCGAAUUUGGCCAUCCAUAUCGGAACAGCUCAACUUGAGUGAUAUUAAUUUUGAAAAUGAUCCCGUGGUAUAUUAUUGGCUAUGCCAUUUUAGAAACCAGUUAGAUGCGAUACCCUUGGUUGAUCACAAUUUGGCGACUAUCGAUGAACAUCUGAUUGAAAUUCUCAAUCCGAAAAAUUGGUCUGCGGUGGAAUAUUUUUGGAAUCAUUUGAAGCCUGAAAGUCGUAUAGAAAAUGCCAAGUACUUGCUUGAAAAUAACCAGUACUUGUUUUCAAAAUAUAUUCUUGUAAGAUUGAAAGAUGAAGAACUGAAUAGAUUGAUGGUUGAAACGGAUCUGAUGAAAUUUCUGCUGAAUGGCGAAUAUAGGAUAGAAGGUUGCCAGAAUAUGGAUCUCGGAGGGCCGUGCUUUUUAGCGGCGUGGAACUACGUUAAGCAUAAAAUAAGCGUUCAAAGUUUCAUUCAACUAGUUCAGGAGAUUUUAAAACAACAGAACGGUAAUGCUUAUUACAUUUCAAACGAUUCUGACAAUCCGUCUUUCAGUUAUGAGUUGUGGAGUAGUGCUCCACAACAGUUGAGAAAUUCUAUUAUCCGAGAUGAAUCCUUGAUUCGAUCUUUUUUUCUGGAAAAUAAACUUGGCCGUCUACUGUGGUGUAUUCUAUCAGAAAUUCCAUUGAAAACUAGAAACACUCUCUGGCAUGAAAAUUGGCGCGCUGUGUUGCCUUAUAAGAAAUCGAAAGAUUUGCAAAAAUUCAUGAAUUUAUGUUUCAAUAGCAAAAGUGACAUAAUUUUGUUCAAAAAAAAUAAUCUUUCCGAAUUCGAAUACAUAAAGCUGAAUUGCUUCGAGUAUAUGAAAGAGUUACGUUUUCAAGAGUUGAAUGAAUUUCUAACGUUUUGCUGCGUUGAAGAGCAAAACUUCCCAGAUCUGCAUGUGAAGUUAUUAAACGGCCUUCUGAAUUAUUUUUUCAACAUGUCCUCUGUAGGACUAAGCAAAGCUGUAAAUUUCAUUAGCAAAAUCCAUCCUCUAAAUACCUUUAUCGACGAAGCGUUUAAUGACGUCGAUCUUGCUGCUGAUUUCAAAAAUCGAUUCCUUUUUACGAGCCGAACGAUCGAAAUUUUGGCUAGAUGUUUAGCAGCCUCCAUUGAACUCGAGAAAGUAAUGGAAUUUGUCGAUUUAUUCGCAAUAUCUAAACAAACGGCGAAGGAUUUCAAAGAACGACAUUUUUUGCCUGCUUUCGUAAACCUUUUAACUAUUGGCUUUGAUCUUGAUUUUAAAUUCGAACGCGAGCGUUUUGAAAAUUUUAUGCGAUGGUGUUUGGGAAUAACGGGAAUAACCAACUACAAAAUUACGAAUUUUAAAUCAACGAUGCCUGUAAGAGAUAUCGUUCGCAGCAUAAUAGAAGACGAAGAAGCUAAGAUUUUUGGUAGAAUACUUGAAGAUGAUUAUGAAGAGAAACAUAUGGGAGAGUUAUAUUGUAACCUUGGUAAAUUUUUAGAGUGGUAUUUCAACAGUCCCAAGAAAGCUGCUAAAUUUAAAAAGCAGUUUAUUGGAUUUGAAAAGUACUGUAUUCAGUAAGACUAGUUUUACGUUGUACAUAUUUAUGGGAAUAAGAUUGUCUUUAUCAUUUUUCAUUUCUUUUUUUAAAUAAAUAAUAUUUUAUUAAUUUAAUUAGUUGAAUAGGUAUCACCAAUGUUUUCAAUGCAAUAAUAUAUAUAUUUUUUACAGUUGUUGUCUA